AUCCUGCCUCACCCCUUUUCAUCCCUGCCCCAUCCCUGUGCCUGAACCGCACACUCUGCAGCCUCACCCUCGCCCCAUAUCCACCGAGCUAAGAAAACUGAACAACAAUGUCCACCAGCGAGCGUUUCGACUGCCAUUACUGCAAAGAAUCCCUGCUGGGGAAGAAGUACAUAAUGAAAGAGGACACGCAGUACUGCACUAAGUGCUAUGAGAACCUGUUUGCUAACUGCUGUGAGGGCUGCUCUUUAGCAAUUGGCUGUAACAGCAAGGACUUGUCCUACAAAGAUCGUCACUGGCACGAUCAGUGUUUCAACUGUGCAAAAUGCAGCCGCUCUCUGGUGGAAAAGGCCUUUGCUGCAAAGGAUGAUUUGUUGCUGUGCACUGAAUGCUACGCCCACGAUUAUUCCUCCAAGUGCGCCACCUGCAAGAAAACCAUCAUGCCAGGAUCCCGCAAAAUGGAAUACAAGGGGAACAGCUGGCAUGAGACCUGCUUCCUGUGCCACCGCUGCCAGCAGCCAAUAGGAACUAAGUCCUUCAUCCCAAAAGACAGCGGCUACUUCUGUGUGCCCUGCUUCGAGAAGCAGUUUGCCUACCAGUGCUGCGCUUGUAAGAAGGCCAUCACAACAGGUGGAGUGACCUACCAAGACAAGCCCUGGCACCGUGAGUGUUUCCUAUGCAUCAGCUGCAGGAAGCAGCUGUCGGGUCAGCGCUUCACCUCCAGGGAAAACUACCCCUACUGCCUCGAAUGCUUCAGCAACCUGUAUGCAAAGAAGUGUGUGGGCUGCACCAAAGCCAUCACCAGUCUGGCAGGGGCCAAGUACAUCUCUUUUGAGGAGCGUCAGUGGCACAGCGAGUGUUUCACCUGCAUGCAGUGCUCUGUGUCACUGGUGGGACGCGGCUUCCUCACCCAGCGCGACAACAUCUUGUGCACCGACUGCGGCAGGGAAAAGUGACCUUUCCAUUAUCCCAAUAACAAUCAGAGCUCCUGUCCUGAUACAGAUAUCUCUAUGAAUAUUUCUUCUUCGCAUGCCUGGUACAUAAACAAACUCUGAAUGUCAGAUGCUUAUUUUGGUGUUACAUAUGACUAUCAGUUCUCUCACGCUGCCCACACACACAAAAACUGUGAUGUUUCCAUAAAGAUAAACAUGUAUCUUUAUAAUCAGGGCGCCAUUGAUGCACUGUUGAUGAACAUAUUCUUUAUUGAAAUGAAAAAUGCAUGUUUUUUUCCCACAUGCUUUUACUAGAGCUGACUGCGACUGGUCAUUCUGGAUUAAUCGAGUGACAGAAAAUGUAUUAUGUUUUAGAAAAGUGAUUAGGGCCUGUGUCCACAUAGUGUUUUUCUUUGGCAGAAAAGCUGUGGCAGGGUGUUAGGGUGUUAGGGAGCACUUGAUCCCAGCACUGCGUAUCAGUUUUGUUUCUAUGACAACAAUAUCUUACCCUUAAUUAUAGCUAGGUAGCAAACAUAACGCUGCAUUAACAGAGGGCUGACAACACAGUCAACUACAAGCUUACAACACUCACAGUGAUUAAAGCAUAAUACUCACCAGCAACACUCACAUCACAUCAACACAUUCUCACUCCGACCUCGUUACGUAUUGACGUUUGGUCAUGGACUUUCCAUGUCCAGAUAUGAUGUGAAAGGUAC